UCUAAGGGCUCAGUUCCAGGAAACCUAGAAUCGGACCCAAGAACCUACAACGAGGCACUCCAAGAUAAAGAUGCAGAAUCAUGGAAUGUUGCAAUGUAUGCUGAAAUAGGGUCAAUGGACUCUAAUCAGGUCUGGGAUCUUGUAGAACCACCCAAUAGG